AAAGGGCUAUAGCUGAACGCUUAUAGUCUCAGUUGAAGAGCAAAGGAGCUUGAGUAAAGGACAUAUUUGGACAAAGGAUGCUUCUUGUGGGGUGAUUUUGUGCACUUUUGAGGCUUCACAACCAUGGAAGUGUCAAGGAUUAAAUCAGGAAAAUCUGAUUCACUUUCAGCACCUGAGCUGUUAAUUCUGCACACGACUGAGGCACAGGAAUGGGCAACAUAUUUGCAGCAGAUCUUGAAAUCCUCCAGAAAAUUCCGCAAAAGGUCUAUUUUGCUGUACACAGUCGACCCAGCUGAUCAGCACCACGGAUACGACUUUGAAUGUUUCCAAAGCUGCAAGUGCGUUGUGCUGCUCAUCACAGGAGCACUCCUGGACAUGCUGUAUGACCAUGAGCUGGAGGGAGCACUUCAGAGACUCCUUUAUCCUCCACAUAGAGUGGUGGCGCUGCUGUGUGGUGUGCCAGAGGAUGAAGUACCAGCGGACUGCUUCGAAGACUGGCCCAGCUGGAGAAAACUCUAUGCUGAGGACGAGCCAGCUCUUUACAUCUCCACCAUUCUGGAGUCCAUUGCUGACAGCAGACAAGUUGAAGCUGAACAUGAGAGCGAAGCUGUAGCAGCAGCAGAGUUUCAGGUCACAGCAGCCUCUCCAACUGAAAAUCCAACCACUGAUAAUACAGAGGAAGUGGAGUCAGAACAGCAACAAGAAACUGUCUUGAAGGGUGAAGAGGCAGUGAGCACAGGGAAUUCAACGAUUGGGGAACUUAGUUCACCCACGCAGCUCACCUGUCUUACCGUUCAACCAAACAGAGUUCUGUGCGGGGAUCGUGAGAAACUUUUUAUCAUUUUCACGCAUAAAGUAGAUGAUGGGUCAGUACCUCAGGUGGAGUUUUCACCUGAAAAUGGAGCUGCAAAAAGGGUCCUAGGGACAGUGGAGAAUGAAUACACUAUAAGUGUUGCUGCACCGGAUAUGCCUGUCGGAGUGGUUUCACUCACCAUGUACACUGACCAGUCCUGUGUCAGCCUGAGUCCUGUUACAUAUUAUACAAAUAUGCAAGAAGUCAGUCGCUGUCUUGAAAAUGCUACUGAUCCCGUUAACUUCAUCUGCCAGGCCUUCAACUUGACGUCCAGUGCAAAAGAAUCUCUGGACAAAAUGCUAACUGACUCGCUAAAAUCCAGGAUGCCUGCCACUAGCCUUCAGCUAUUUGGAAUCAGACAGAUUGAAGAAGACAAUAUGGCGACAUAUCAGCGUAACGAGGAGCUUCCCACGCUGCUUCACUUUGCUGCUAAGUACGGCCUGAAGAAGCUGACCACCAUUCUCCUUCAGUGUCCCGGGGCUCUGCAGGCUUACAGCGUGAUGAACAAGUCUGGAGACUACCCAAACACGCUCGCGGAGAAGAGUGGCUUCUCUGACCUCAGACAGUUCAUGGAUGAAUUUGUUGAGACAGCAGACAUGCUCAAGUGUCACAUUGAGGACUCAAUCAACACAGAGGAGGGAGUAGAGGUGUAUGAGUCGAUGUCAGCUGCCUCUCAAGAUAUCAUGAUGAAGUACUCAGGUUGCUCAGAGGACAUAUAUGAGUCAAUGCUUGGGAUUAAUCCAGAAUGUGCAGAGGACCUAUAUGAGGUGAUGACUGCAGUAGAUGAGAACCCAGAGGAAGCUAUGCUUAGGAAGUUCUUCCAAGCAAAACCACAUGCCAGUGUAAACAAGGGCAACAGCGAGUACCUUAAAAAUGAGGAAGAGGAAAAAGACAGUCAUAAUGACUUAGAUCAAAUUGAAGAAGAGGAGGAUCCAUACGAUAUCUUCCCAGAGGAUAUCUAUGAUACUGUGGAUGCAAAUGGCACCUAUAACCCAAGAAUCCUGAACCGUCCACCAGCCCCCAUCCCCAGACCUGAGCCUGAGUCUGAACCUGAAAAGCCUAUGACCUACAUCUCUAGAGUAUUUUCAGAUAAAGGUACGUCGCAGAAUAAAACAAUGGAAAUGGGAUAUCCUGCAGCUCGGCCUGCGGUGGAUGCCCCCUCUUCUGUUUAUGACCCUUAUGCUGGGAUGAAGACACCUGGACAGAGGCAGCUCAUAUCUCUGCAGGAGAGGGUGAAAGUGGGGGAAAUUACUGUGGAUGAGGCCGUCCAGGAGUUCAAGGCCUGGCAAUUUGACCAUGAACGGAGGUCUAGCUCCAUACGCUAUCAGCAGGAAAAUCUGAAGAAAUUACGAGACAGCAUCACCAGACGUCACAAAGAGAGAGAAAAGUCCGGAAAGGACCUUGAUUACGAGAUAUCUGCUCCGCUGCAGAGGAGCUUGGGCUGGGGUUCCGGUGUGACAUUAGAGUGUGCUGUGUAUGAGCCAGCACCCAGAAUGGUGGCACCACCUCCUCCAGCGACUCAGGUUAUCCAGAGAGGCAGCUGGAAAACAGGCAGCACGUCCAGCACAUCCAGUACUGAGAGCAACAGACUAAGCACUCACAGCACCUUUAGCUACAGCAGUGGGACAGAGCCUGACUUUGAGGACACAAUAGAAAAUCUUCCUCCCCCACCACGACCUCCGCGGCCCUCCGAUGCUCCUCCCAUUACUUCUCCACCUAGAAUUCCUCCACGGAUCCCAGAAAGGGUGCCAGAGAAGAUGCAUGAGCGCUACAUAUCCUGCCCGACGCGAGCACUUCCUCAAAGACCCACUCAGAGACACACAGACGCAGCACCUCCUGUACCUCGCCGCCUGCGGUGAUUGACACAUCGGCUUCUGCUGAAUUUAGAUUAUAAAGUUAGAAGUAUUUUAAUAGAGAUGGAGAAGUUAGAAAGACAGUGUAAACAAAUAGGAUUUUGACAAGAUAAAUACUCACACAGAGACAGUUUUUUUUAUUUUGUUUGUUAACCUUUUAUUGAUUUAUGUAUCAUUGUGUUGGUGUGUGUGUGUGUGUGUGUGUGUGUGGGUGUGUGUGGGUCUGUGAUAUUCAGUGUUUAUGCUGUCAUAUGUUUUAUUGUAAAAACGUGUGAUGUUUUUCACCUGUAAUAUUUCUGGAACAUUUAGAUUUUACUGUCAUUGUCGUUAAGUAUCCUAACAAGACUUCUUAUAGGUUUAGAGUACUUUAGUUCUGUUUGUCAUAGGUUUAAAGUGUCAUGUGUUGAAAUAUUGAAAAUGUAUUAUUAUUUGUUACUAUGUUAUUAGAAAUCCUUCCUUUUAUUUUGUAUGUUCAUACUUAAUUGUGAAUUGUUUUGCUAUUAUAUUGUACUUAUUUUACCUCAGAUGAUGUCACCAUUAUACUUUCUGAAGGGCUUACAGUUUGGAGGCAAUAUUUGUAUAUCUUUUUUAAUAGCGAAGAAUUCAUUCAUGGAUGAUCAAAUGAAUGAAUGAAAGCCUUUAGAACGUCAGAUUUGUUGUACAUCAGACUUUAUGUAGCUUCUUCUUUUCAUAAUGAAAUAUAAAGAUAGUUUAUUUGAAUGA